AAAUAGCUUAAUAAGCUCAUGAUGAAUUUGCAUUUAUUCAUCGCUUUCAUCAAAUUAUAAGAAAGAAAAAAAGGAUGUGAUGAAUGCUGAAUAUGACCAGUGUUCUAGCACAAAAAACGUUUUACUUGUUCACUAAAUUUUAAACCAAUUAAGUCAGUUUGUAAGACAGCAGCUUGAAAUCAGCCUGCUUCCAGCAGCUUUUGUUGAAAGACUGUCCUCCUUCUUACAUGACUUGUGAUGAUAUUUACAGUGCCAACAUGACAAACACAUGGUGUGACAGGAGAACAAUCCCAAAAUGGUCGUAUGACAUGUGGCCCAGUGGCAAAAGGGGCUAGCCUGUCCAGUCUGUCUGUCUCUCUUUCCCUCUCUUUAUGUCUGCACAGUUGGGCAGUGGGUUCCCUGCAUGUGGCCUCCACAGUGACGUCAUCCUUCAGCUGCCACAAAUUGGCGUACUGGUGAGGGUUCCCAGUGCAGGACAAGCAGGAAAAAGCUGCGUUUUCGGAGAGAGUGUCAGAGACACACACACACACACACAGAGAGAGAGACAGAGUGUCUGGCUGAGCAUCCCUCAGGAUGAAGAAGAGCAGGAGUGCACACGGGGUUACACCAGGCGAUGAGAAUAAGGAGCCUCCUGUAGGACAACCAUCCACAGCCAACACCCUCGGGGUAGAGGUGUGCAAAGUCCACAGGCGGUUUUCUGGCAACCUGCAGCUGCCUCCGUUGUCAUGGCGACAAGCAGAAAAGGAGAGGGACAGGGGCAGGCCACUCACACCUGAAGAGGAUCCAGUGACACGGACCAGACCCACAAGCCUGCCCAUCGCCUCCGUGCCUCGCAUCGACAUCACACAGGCUGACCCUGACAGUUUUGAAGUGGAGAAUGGCCCAUUGUUGUGCUGCAGUCCUUCAGACCCGCAGGUGUCCCCGGGCUCAGGUCUGGUUCUACACCCAAACUUGGCAGGCCAUGGCCAACGCAGAGAGUCCUUCCUGUACCGCUCUGACAGCGACUACGAACUGUCACCAAAGUCCUUGUCUCGAAACUCUUCCAUUGUUGGAGAACUGCAUGGAGAGGACUUGAUUGUGACUCCAUUUGCCCAGGUUCUGGCAAGCCUUCGGACUGUCAGGAACAACUUCACCACCUUGACAAAUGUACAAUGUGCAUCCAAUAGGAGGUCUCCUGCGGCAAAUCAACCUUCUGUGACCAAAGUCUGUCUGUCAGAUGAGUCGUACCAGAAGCUGGCUAUGGAGACCAUGGAGGAGCUGGACUGGUGUCUGGACCAGUUGGAGACCAUCCAGACCUACCGCUCUGUCAGUGACAUGGCAUCCAACAAGUUCAAGAGGAUGCUGAAUCGGGAGCUAAGCCACCUGUCUGAGAUGAGUCGCUCAGGCAACCAAGUGUCAGAGUACAUCUCCAACACCUUCCUAGACAAGCAGAAUGAGUUGGAGCUUCCAUGUCCAGUCCCCAAGUCCAGGGAAAGGAAGAGGAGGCAGGGCCAGCAGCAGCAGCAACAGCAGCAACAGCAACAGGGUGGGAUGAUGAAUCAGAUCAGCGGGGUGAGGAAGGUCAGCCACACGCCCAGCAUCUCCGGGAACACCGGCAAUCGCUUCGGGGUCAAGACUGACCAGGAGGAACUGCUUUCGAAGGACCUGGAAGACAUCAACAAAUGGGGACUUAAUAUCUUCAGAGUGGCUGAGCACUCCCACAACCGACCGCUCACAUGUAUCAUGUACACCAUCUUUCAGGAGCGAGACCUGAUGAGGACGUUCAAGAUUCCAACGGACACCUUUGUGACGUUCAUGGUGACCCUGGAGGGCCACUAUCACUCCGAUGUGGCCUACCACAACAGCCUGCACGCCGCCGACGUAGCCCAGUCAACACACAUCCUCCUGUCCACCCCCGCACUGGAUGCGGUCUUCACUGAUCUUGAGAUCCUGGCAGCCAUUUUCGCUGCAGCCAUUCACGAUGUGGACCACCCAGGAGUGUCCAACCAGUUCCUCAUCAACACCAACUCUGAGCUAGCUCUGAUGUACAACGAUGAGUCAGUGCUGGAGAACCACCACCUUGCCGUGGGCUUCAAACUGCUGCAGGAAGACAACUGCGACAUCUUCCAAAACCUCACCAAGAAGCAGAGGCAGACGCUCCGGAGAAUGGUCAUAGACAUGGUAUUGGCAACUGACAUGUCUAAGCACAUGAGCCUGCUGGCCGAUCUGAAGACGAUGGUGGAAACCAAGAAGGUGACCAGCUCUGGAGUCCUGCUGCUGGACAACUACACAGACAGGAUGCAGGUUCUGCGGAACAUGGUUCACUGUGCGGACCUGAGCAACCCCACCAAACCUCUGGAUCUUUACCGGCAGUGGACGGACCGGAUCAUGGACGAGUUCUUCCACCAGGGAGACAGAGAGAGGGAGCGGGGGAUGGAGAUCAGCCCAAUGUGUGACAAACACACGGCUUCAGUGGAGAGAACACAGGUUGGCUUCAUCGACUACAUCGUCCACCCUCUGUGGGAAACGUGGGCCGACCUGGUCCACCCCGACGCCCAGGACAUCCUUGACACGCUUGAGGACAACAGGAACUGGUACCAGAGCAUGAUCCCCCAGAGCCCCUCCCCUCCCUUCUACACCAGUGAUGGAGAAGGAGGCCCGCACGGGGAGGUGGAGGGGAGACCCGUGGCAAGUAAAUUUCAGUUUGAACUGACGCUGGACGACCAGGAUGGACGGGUUGGAGACAGGGAGAGCGGGAUGAUGGAGACAGCUGACGGAUGUGACGCUGUGACACUCCAAAACCAUCCCUCUGAUCAGGAUGGGGUAGAAAUGGCGACACGUGACGUCUCCCCAGCGGAAACAUAGCCGAACUGACAGUGUUCUUAGGGUGCGGCACGUUUUGCUGUUUUUGGCUGAAUUCAUUUUAUUGCAGUGGAGCAAUCCUGCAAUCUGGCUCUUUGGAGCUGCCUGGCUAAGAGGGCCUGACUAAAUGUGGGGCACCCCUGCAAAGGAGGCUUGGAAACCCUGUGGCAGUUUGUUUUUGAGCCCUAGAAGGGAGCUGGAAGAGUGUAGCCUCUGUUCUUUAAAGAAGGGACCACUGUCGGACUGCAGAGGCAGUGCUGAAUCUUGGUCCUCGCAGGCAAAAAAAGGUGAAGUGGACGAUAUGAAUCCGUGUACUGGGACAAGUAAAAAAUCCAAAACUUGCACUUCAGGACAUUUUUUUAUGUUCAUUAUGAUUCUUUGUAUUGUGUCGGGAAUGGAUGCCAACUGGUAAAGCAUCCAACCAAAACUACUGGUCAUCAAGUUAUUUGUACCCAAGUAGUUUUUUCUAAUACUUCAGUCUAAAAAAAGAAAAAAAAGUUUUGUGCCUUUUUUUUUUUUUUUUAAAAAGCCGUGUCUUUUUGUAAGUGUUUUUAUAAUUUAUUGAACACAUUCAUGUAGCUGUAAAAUGUGUCAAAUUUUCUACAAGAAGGACAUCUUUGUCUCACACAGUCUUCCUAAUGUUCUGGCAAUAGUAUAAGCUUGUUCUCACAAAAGCAUUCAGCGGAUGUAUUUCUAAAAUCAGUUGACUUCCCAGCACAAUUUGCACUUUGUGGCAUACAGAAAGAGGGAGAGAGUGUGGAAAGCAUCGGUAAUUUACAGAAUUGAUUGCUUUAUCCAACUAUUUUUUCCAAUAAUUCAUUACAUAAGUAAUUAAAUAACUCAUAGAUCAGAUUUCUUGAAAGUGAAAAAACAUUUGUUAUUUUUGAGCCCAAAAUAAAUAAAUAAAAACACCAAAAAAAACAAAAAACUCCAAAGAUCCUAAAAAGAUAGAACUGUCAGAUAGAUCCCUCACAUUUUCCUGUAGCUAGAUAAAAAGAUCAGGCAAAUUAAAGUGACUUACUGAGUAAAAUUGCACCAAAAAUAUCUGACAAAAAACCUCCAUAACCUUGUAUUGUACUGAGCUUCCGGUGUGGGAAAACUGUCUCCACCUUGUAAUUCCUCCUUUCAUUAGCUCUCUCACACACGCGUGCACACACACACACGCGCACACCUGUAGUGGUUAACUGCAUUCCAUCCUCGUGAAUAUGCUUUACAUAACGUAACUCAUGUUGAACUUUUGAAUGACUGUAAGACUGCGUGCACAUUUAUAAAGACACCUGUCAGUGAUAUGAUAAUUGUAUCUUGUAGUUACUAUUGCAGCACUUUGAAUAUGUCGACAGUUCUGCAGCUGGUUGCUGAUCUGUCCAACACUACCUUAAAGGUACCACAUUGUAAGGUGCAACCUACAGAAUAAAGGGGAGGUCAAUAUUGUGUCAUGACAUUAUAGCUCCUGUGUUUGCGUGUGCGUGCGUGCAAGCUUGUUUUACUAUACUUGUGGGGACCAGAAUGCUGGACCUCAUAGGUUUAAAUGGCUGUUUGAGGGUUAAGACUUGGUUUUAGGGUGAGGGUUGGGGUUAGGCAUUUAGUUGUGAUGGUUAAGGUGAGGGUAAGGGGCCAGGGAAUGCAUUAUGUCAAUGACAGGACCCCGCAAAUACAGUAAAACAAGCGUGUGUUUGUGUGCAUGUGAGUGUGUAUGUAAGUGCUUACACAGUUGCACAAUCUUGUUGCACCCAGCUGUGUUGUGCUGACCCUUCAGCUGUUCGUAACAGUGUAUUUAUUAUCUUUUCCUUGUACAUGAUAAUAUUGAUAUUGAUUGAUAAUAUUCACUGUAUAUUUGUUAUUAUUUAUAUGCACUACCACGUGUCAGAUCACAGUUUGACUGAACUCGUCUGGUGGUUCUGAUUUAUUGUAUUUUCAGCAAGCUGUUUUGCUGUAACAUGAAGUUAUGCAGUUCGUUUUUUGUUUUUCUCAAAUUUGAAACGUAUGAAACGUUUGGUCUGAGAUUCCAGCCAGAAAAGUUUGUACAGUCUGAACCUACGGCACCUCACAUGAGGUGCAGACGAAGCUUUUUGUUUUUGUCUUUUGUUCCCGGCGGAUUAUGAAGGCUGGAUAUUUACUGCAGUAUAUUGUGUACGGUGACGGGUCAUUGUACAGCUAUAGGAAUAUUUGCUGAAAUAUAUAACAUUGUUUCAAAUGUAUUUUUUCAGUGUUUUCCUCACAAUAUAUGGUAAAAUGGUGUAUGUAGUGCUCAACAAAUGUUUUCUAUCAGAUUAUUAAAAUGGGCAUGUAUUACAGAAUGA